GAGAUGUUGAAGGAAAUGUGUGAGUAAGUAAAAUAAAUAUUAAUUGAAAAAUAAGCUAAGAUUAUUCAAUAAUUUGGGACAAAAAAUUAAUAAAAAUGUCAGACAGUAUAAAGGUAGUUAUUAAAGUGAGACCUUUAAUCAAACGCGAAAAAGAUGAUAAUUUAGCAAUACAAUGGAUAGUUCAAGACAAUUCCAUUAUUUCUACAAAUGAAGAGGUAAAGAAGCGUGGAGAUGGCAGAUUUUAUUUUGAUGAUAUUUUUGAUGUGAAUGCAUCCAAUUUGGAUGUAUUUGAAAUUGUAAAACCAAUUGUCAAUGCUACUGUAAAUGGCUUUAAUGGAACAGUGUUUGCCUAUGGCCAAACAAGUUCUGGAAAAACAUAUACUAUGAUGGGUGAUGCAGAAGAACUAGGGAUUAUACCACUUGCUGUAGAACAUAUGUUUGAUGCUAUUGCUAAUACUAAUGGACGUGAAUUUUUAUUAAGAGUAUCCUAUUUAGAAAUUUACAAUGAAAAAGUGAAUGAUCUUUUGAAUAAAAGCCGUGCUGAUUUAAAGAUACAAGAAGAUAGUAGUGGACAAGUAAUUUUACAGUGUAAAGAAGAAAUUACAAACAGUCCCGAAAAUGUGCUAUCUAUAAUGAAAAAAGGAAAUAGAAAUAGAAGAAUAGGGGAAACUGAUAUGAAUGAACGCAGUAGCAGAAGUCAUACUGUGUUUAGAAUUACAAUUGAAAGUAGAGAAGUUGGAGGAGAUUCGGACAGUGCUAUACAGGUAUCACAAUUAAAUCUAGUAGAUCUUGCUGGUUCUGAAAGAGCAAAACAAACAGGAGCUACUGGAGAGAGGUUUAAAGAAGGAAGGCAUAUUAAUUUAUCUCUAUCCACUUUGAGUUUAGUAAUUAAACAAUUAAGUGAAUCCCAAGACAGUCAAAAAUAUGUUAAUUUUCGUGACAGCAAAUUAACAAGAUUGCUUCAAAAUUCACUGGGUGGUAAUGCUAUGACAGCAAUAAUAUGUGCUGUAACUCCUGUUGCUUUGGAAGAAACUCAAUGCACUUUAUCUUUUGCCUCCCGGGCGAAAAGUGUGAAAAACAAACCACAAAUUAAUGAAGUCAUGUCUGAUGCAGCACUUUUGAAACGCUAUGCAAAGCAAAUAGCUAUACUUCAAGAAGAAUUACAGAAAACAAAGAAUGAAAAUCGAUCCGCAAAAGUUGAAGAAAUGGAAUCUAAAUUGCAAGAAAAAGAUCGUAUUAAUCAAUUAUUAGAAGAACGCAUAGAAUUACUAAAAACUCGUAUUGUUUCUGGAGAUAACAUAAGUCAAGAAGGUUCAUCUAAAUGCAAAUAUAAACGAAGACAAACAUGGAGUGGCCCUGCACUUUUUAAUCAACAUUUGCCAGUAUUUCAGCCUAAAUCUGGCUUACCAACGAUAAAAGAAGUAUCAUUUGAAAAACCAAGGAGAAAAAGCAUUAUUCAAUCUAUGGAUAUAAUGAAUCAAACAUUCCAAGUAGCUUUCACUGAUUUUGAGUUAGAACUAUUUGAAAGUGAAAGAGAUCGUGAUAGAGAAAGUAUAAGUGAUAGUGAAGAAGAAAUAUUUGUAACAAAACGUAGAAAUCGAGUUACAUUUGUUGAUGAUGUAUGCAAUAUUAAGCCUAAAAAUAGUAGUUUUGAUGAAAUGCCAGAAAAAUGUAACAUUGCUACCCAAACUGUGAGCUACCAAAUUUCACCUUCAACGCCAAAACAUGUUUUACGACGAUGUAUAAGUGACUUAACAAAAGAAUAUGUAGAACUCCGUGAGUUUACAACUUUAGAAAAACAGUUAACAUGUCAUAGCUGUGUACAAGAAGAAGAAAAACAACAAAUUAAACAAAAUAACUCAACUUCAGAAUCUUAUAAAUCACAAUAUACUUCCGACGUGGAAAAACAACUUGCAACUCUUCAACUUACAGAAGAAACAAAUUUAGAAUGUAUAAUUACUAAAUUAUGUAAUAAAUUAACUGCAAUUGAGGAACAAAAUAUUUCAAAAAAAGAAUCAGAUUUCAAAACAGAGAAACAGUUGUCAGAACUACAAAAAAGAAUUGAAAAUAUUAUUUCUGAGAGAGAUGAAUAUGAAUAUAUUAGUCGUGAAUUACGUGCAGAAUUAAAGAAAAAGACAACGGAAUUAGAAUUAAAAGUGAUGUCUGAAGAAAAUAUAAAACAAGAAGAAAUGAAAAAAAUAUCAGAAUUAGAAAAACAAAUGGAGAGUAUUAUUUCAGAAAAAAAUAAAUUUGAACUCAUUAAUGUUGAUUUACGUAAUGAAUUAACGAAAAAAGUUACGGAAUUGAAAAAGCAAAUUGAAAAUAUUACUUCUGAAAGAAAUGAAUUUGAGAACAUGCAUCGAGAAUUAUAUGUAGAAUUAAAUAAAAAAUAUAUAGAAUUAGAAAACUUAAAAAGUAAUUCAGAUAGUUCAAAUAUUGAUAUAUUAAAUAAAAAAGUAAUAGACUUAGAAACAGAAAUUGAAAAUAUUAUGUCUGAGAAUAAUACGUUUAAAAACAUAAAUGAUAAUUUGCGUGCUGAAUUAAAUCGUAUAUCGUUAGAAUUCGAAUCAAAAAUUGCUUCAGAACAAACUGAAAAAGAAGAAGCGAUUAAAAAAGUAGAUGAAUUAGAAAAACAUAUUGAACAAUUUAUUUCAAACAAAAAUAAAAGUGAGUGUGCAAAUAAUAAAUUACAAAACGAAUUAAAUAAUAAAAUUAUAGACUUAGAAUCAAAAAUUGAAUCAGCAUAUACUUUAAAGCAAGAAGCAAUGGAAAAAAUUUUAACAUUGGAAAACCAAAUUGAAAAUAUUACUUCUGAAAAAAAUGACCUUGAAUGUGUUAGUAAUGAAUUACAUACCAAAUUAAAACAAAAAGUUUCUGAAUUGAAUGAUGAAAUAGCAAAACAAAUUGAAACUGAGAAAACAAGAGAAAAAAUUUUUGAAUUAGAAACACAAAUUGAAAAUAUAACAUCUCAAAAAGUUGAAUAUGAAUACAUUAAUACUGAAUUACGUGUUCAAUUGGAUCAAAAAACUUCCGCAUUAAAAACGGAACAAAUUGAAAAUCAAGAAUCAAUAAAAAAAAUAUCCGAAUUAAAUAAACAAAUAGAAAUUAUUCUAUCAGAACGAAAUAAAUUUGAAAAUCUUUAUAACCAACUAAACGUUAAAGUAAAAGAAACAACUCCUGAAUUGAAAUCAAUUAUAGCAGAGGAAAUUGCAACUUCUGAAAUAGAUAAGCAAAAUAUUACUUCAGAAAAUAACGAAUUGAAAUUAAAUAACGAAUUGAAAUUAAGGAAAAGCACCAUAAAUGAUUCACAAGGUGUAACAGAUGUUCAAACAAAUGAAAAUUUAGAUCAACAUUCAAUACUUUUAGAAAAUGAAUCUAUUUUAUCUUCUUCAAGAAUAAGCAAUGCAGAUGUUUCAUACCUAAUUUUAAAUAUGGAAACAGAGAAAAGCCAAUUAGAAGAAACUCUUCACCUAAAAAACCAGGAACUGGAAGAUAUAAAAAGCGAUGUCCGAAGCCUUAAAACGGACAUAAACAAAUUGCAGGAAACUGUUUACUUGUUAACAACUGAAAAUAUGGAAAUGGCCACAAAAUUAACCACAGAACAAGAGAAUGCAAAACAAACAGAAUUUAAUCUUAAAAAAACAAUUGAUGAACUUUAUGCACGAAUUUCUGAAGUUACGAAUGAAAAAAUCACAUUAGAAAGUGAUUUAGCAGCUUUGAAUAACCGAUUAGAAUCUAUACAAUCUAAAAUGUCAAUAGUAUGUAAUGAAGAACAGUUGUUACGAUCAUAUCAAAAUAAAAUUGAUAAAUUAACAACAGAAAAUAUUGAAUUAUCAACUUUUAUUGCAGAGAAAAACAAAGAACUUGAAGACAUUAAAGAAAGUAAGUCACUUUUAUACGAUCACGAUUGCAUUUACAAGAAGAAGAUAGCUAAUAUUGAAGAAAAUAAUAAGUAUUUGCUAGCUGAAAAUAAUGAACUUUCUACAGACUUAAUAGAUAAAAUAGAAGAAAACGACAUGUUGAAGGAGCAAUGUAAUAUAUUAAAAAAUAAGAUAGAGCAAUCAUUAUUAACAAAUGAACAUUUUGCUGAAAAUGACAUCGACCGUGUAAAGACAGAAAAUAAUAUCUUAAAAGCAGAAAUUGCAGAAUUAAAAACAAAAAUGGCAAUACUAUCCGAAGAAAAUACAAAAUUUUCUACUAAUCUUUUAGAAACUAUAGAUGAUUUUAACUGUUCUCAAAGUGAGAAUACUUUACAUUUAUCACAAAUAUUUAAUAAUAGUAGAGACGUUAAUGAAAGUAAAAAUGAAGUAUCACAAGAAGAAACUCAUCAAACACUGACAAAUAAAGUGGUAGCAUUACAGAACAAAAUCGAUUAUUUGACAUGUUUGAACAAGAAGCUUAGUGAUUUAAAACUAACGUCUUGCAAUCAAUGCGUGCAUUUAAGAAAUUUGAACGAAAGUCAUAGGAUUCUUAAGCUUGAAGCAAAAAAUUUGAAUCAAAAGCUGGAAGAUUUACAACGAAAGUUUGAUAACAAGUGUGUGGAUACUGAGAUUUUGAAAUACAAAAUGAAUCAAGAAUCAAGUUCAAGCCUACAUGUAUCUUCAAAUGUUAUUUUUGUGGAUGAAAUGAAUGUAAGCUUCAUUGAAGAAAGGAUUCAGAGUUUGAAUGAUGAGAUACAAACUUUAAAAACUGAGCAUGAUAAAUUUUUAAUCUUAUACGAAGAUAAGUGUGAUGAAUUAAAACAAUUUCAAAGUGAUGUGAUUACAACUGAAUCUAAUACAACUGACGCUGCUUCUACAUCAAAGAAAAUUCCGGACAGAAAUGAAAAUAGAAUAGGACAAAUUCAAAAUCAUAUUGACCAUAUAAGAAAUGACAUAGAUAAGAUAAAGAAAAAUAGCAUGAAUUUUACUGCUAUGCUUAAUGAAUUUAAAACUGAGAAGACGAAUUUAUUGGACCAGAUUAAUAACUUAAAAGAUACUAAUGAGGGCUUACAAAAAACAAUAUUAAAUAAUGAAAGCACUGCAAUAAAGAAAAUACAAAUUCUUGAAAAUGAAUUAGCUGAUAUGAAUGCAGAAUUUAAUCAAUUUUCCACGCGCGAAAAAGAAUUAGAAUCACAAAGACUGAUGUUAGAAGUAGAAUUAGAGAGUUUAAAACGCGAAGAACAAGAUAAGAAUUCCUUGAUUAAUCAAUUAAAUGAACAUAUCUUAUUUCUGAAAAAUGAAUUAAUUUUAGUUACAAACGAGAAAAAUGAAUUAAUUAAUUCAAGUGAAUGCAAAAAAGAGUUACAGCGUCUAAAGGAACAAUGUGAUAAAUUAGAAAAAGAUAAUAUACAAAGUAAAGAAUUAGAACAACAUAAUAUAUCAAAAAUCAAAGAAUUGGAAGCGUAUAUAAACAAUUUUCAAAAGAAUACAGCAAAUGAAGAUUGUUCCUUUAAGAAAUAUGAAGAGAAAGUUAUUUAUUUAAAAAAACUUUUGGAAGAAAAAGAACAAGAAAAAUAUGAACUCGCACAAAAAUUACAGAUAGCAGAAACUGAAAUAAUUGAAAUUAAGAACAAUGCAGAAAUUAGAUAUAAAAAUGAACUUGAUUCAGUAGCCCAACAAUAUCAGCAGCAUAUUAAAGAAUACGACAAAAAUAUAGAAAAAUUAAAUGAUACAUUAAAUAAAUAUAUAGACGAAAAUUUAAAUUUGACACAAGAACUCACUAAUCUACGGAAUAUCCAAGAAAAAUUGAAUGAAAUAAUAACAGAAAAAGAUUGUUUAAUUAAUGAACAAAAGGAAUUAGUCUAUUGCAAUGAGAAACUCAAUGAAGAAUUAAACGAAAUUAGAAAAUGUAUGAUUAAAGAACUUAGAUCACUUAAAUAUAAUGUAAAUUUACCAGAAUUCCCAAAUAAAACUGUAAAUGAAAUCUUUGUAAUUUUACUACAAACACUUGUGCUUAAGGAGGGAGAAGUAAUUAAAUCUAUGAAAGAAACAUACGAAAAGGAAAAGGAAAAAAUAGAGGAAGAAAAACAACAGUGCAUAGAUACAGAGAAACGUACUGUAAUAUGGGCCAAAGAACUAGAAGUAGAAAUUGAAAAACUUCAAACAGAUUUAAUGGAAAAAGAAUGUAUCCAUAAGGAAUAUCAAAAUAAAAUGUAUCAAUUAGAACAUCUUUUAAAAGAAAGUACUUAUGAAAACGAAAUGUUUAAAGAAAAAAUAGUAGCACUAGAAACAGAUUUUAAUAAUUUGCAAAUUACAUUUGAUAAACAAUGUAAGAUUGACAGUCAACAAGAAGAAGCAAUUCUUGUAGCUCAAAAAAAAGAAAAAAAAGUACAGGAAAUAUUUAAAAACAAAGAAAUAGAGUUGCAGUCAAAAUUUAAUUCAGAAAAAGAAAUAUACGAGAAGAAAAUAGAUAAUCUAGUUCAAACCAUAGAAUCUUAUAAAAUCAAAAAUUUGGAAUUGAAUAAUACGAUUGAGGGACUUGAAGCAAAUGAAAAACAAUUAAAAAAUAUCGUAGAAGCGAAUUCGAUUGAAAUAAAAAAAAACACUCAAAAUGUAGAAAAAAUAAAUACAGAACUUGAACAAGUUACACAGGCUUAUAAUGAAGUGAAUCAAGCGAUUGAACAAAAGAAUUCGCAUAUCGAAGAAAUCACGACUAUUUUAAAAAAUAAAUGCGAUAUGUUAUCUGAAUAUAAAAUGAAACUGGAGACAAUUACACCUGAAUAUGAAAUGCUAAAGGAACAUGUUAAAAGUCAAAAAUUAACUAUAGAACAAUGUAAAGAAGAAAUAGAAAUACUGAAAAAAGAAAGAGAAAAACAGCUGGAAAUUAUCAAAGAUAAAUUAAAUUCAGAAGAAAUAAAAAAUUCUGGCCUGAGUAAGCAGUUAAAUGAAUUGAAUAAUAAAAAUGUAGUUUUAAUAGAUGAAUUAAAUACUUUGAAAGAAAAAUAUGAAAAACUUCGAGAAGAAAAUGCAAGACUAGAGAGAAGAAUUAGAAACAGUACAAGCAAGAUUAAAGCAGAAGCGGAAAUAGAAGAAUUAAAAGAAUUAAAUAAAAGACUGCAAAAUAAUUUAGAGGGUGCAAGCAAUCGUGUAAAAGAAUUACAAGAAAUUAGAAAUCAGACUUUAAAAGAUUUGGUUGAUAUACAAAGUAAAUACGAACUUCUAUUGCAAGAAAAUGAUGAAUUGAAGAAAACAGUCUUGUUAUAUAAGUCGAAAUAUUCAACUUCAAGUUUAUUAAUGGACGAAGGAAAAUACGAUGUACUUCUUCUAGAAAAGAAUAAGAUUGCAUUAGAGUUAGAAGAUAAAAAAAUAAUAUUGAAUCGAAAGAAUAAAGAAGUUGAAGAAUACGUCAGUCAAAUCCAACAACUGACUGAAAAAAAUAAGGAACUGGAUAAUGAAGUAGAAGAAUAUGCAGAAAUAAUUCGUCAACGAGAUGCUGAAAUUUCAAAAUUAGAAGAUAAGUUGUAUUUCCAUUUAUCAGAAAAUAUGGUUGUUAAAGAGAUAGAGGACAAAUUAAAAAAUCUUAAGGAAGAAAAUGAAGAACUUCAUGAUCAGAUAGAAGCAUUUAAAAUGAGAUUGCAAAUGGACGUAGAGGACGAUGUUAAACUUCAAAAUGAAAGUAUUAUUCGUAUCUUAAAAAAGGAAAAUUCAGAAUUACAAGCUAAACUAAAUUCUUAUAAAAAAGAAAUAGAUGGUACGGAAUUUGAGGAAAUACAUACGAAUCAAUCACAAAAUUUGGAUAAGAGUUUAAAGAAUAAGUUAGAAGAGUCGAGUAAUCGUGUUAUGGAACUUGAAGAAGAAAGGAAUAGGAUAAUAAAAGAACUAGAAACUCAUAAAUUAUUAUUGAAUCAGAAAGAUAAAGAAAUUAAAGAAUAUAUAAACAAAGUACAAGACUUAACAAUGAAAAAUAAAGACCUUAAUAAUGCGGAAACCAUACGUAAAUGCAAUGCAACACUUGAUGAAGAAAGUGUACUUAAAAGUAGUACAAAAAAACAAGAUAGAACUGCAACAUUUGAUAAAAUGUUUUGUGAAUACGAAAAUAAAUAUGAACAAUUGAAAAAAAAGAUUCAUGAAUUAGAAUUGCAGUUAGUAUUGAAAAAUGGAAAAAUUGCAACAUUAGAAGUACAAAUUCAGAGUGAAAAUUUCCCGUAUCAAAGAAAAUGUAAAGAAUUAGAAGAACUUGUACUUGUGUUUCGUAAUAAGAAUGCAGAAUUAAACAAUGAAGUAAGGCAAUUACAAAAAUGUUUAAAUGAUGUUAAUGCGUGGGAAUGUGAUAUCUGUAGACGAUGGCGUGUUAAUAGAAAAGACCAAGGUUGUCAAACAAUACCCAAUGAUUUACUGCGCUUUUGCAGCACUAACAGUGGAGUUGUUGAAGAUCAUGUGAAAAUUCAAAAAUUAGAAAAAGAGAAGACGCUAAUGAAAAACUUAUGUCGAUCUCGAUCUCGGCAAAUAAAGGAAUUACAAGACCGGAUAAAAGAAUUAGAAGCACACAGUUCAUUUGUUUUGAAACCGAAUGAAUUCCUGCAAGAUAGAUGUAAUCAAUAGGAUAGUCAUAAGAUUUAUUUAAGCAUUUAGAUAUAGCAAAAAAUUAGAAGUCAUAAAAUACUAUUUUAUUAUUACUAAAAUACUAUUUAUAUAAAUACUAAUUUAUAUAUGUGAUACUGUGCAAUCGCGUAUUUUAUUUAAUCAGUAAAAUUAUAACUUCAUAAUUCCUGUACUAUAUAUUUAUAUAUUUGUUAAGAUUGUAAAUAAUCGCAAU